ACAAAAGGAGACAGUUAGCAACAAAAAGGGGGGAGAAGGGGGAGGAAAAAGCAGAAGAUAACAAUGGCGCUUUCAGUUUCUAUUUUAGCCGUCAUCACUUCUCUUCACCUUCUCGCCUUCGUCCUCGCAAUCGGCGCCGAACGAAGACGUAGCACAGCUAAAGUCGUGCCUGAUAAGUAUGACGACAGAACUUACUGCGUUUACACAACGGACGCGUCGACGGCGUACGGGCUCUCGGCGUUUGGUCUGCUGCUGAUCAGUCAAGUUGUGGUCAGCGGCAUCACGAGGUGUCUCUGCUUCGGCAGGGGACUCAUCAAGGGGAGAUCCUCCACUACUUGUUCGAUCUUGUUCUUCGUCAUCUCCUGGUUAAGCUUUCUGGCAGCAGAGGCCUGCUUAUUGGCAGGAUCAGCAAGGAAUGCAUACCAUACCAAGUAUCGAGCAGCCUUUGGAGCAGAAAAGCUAUCAUGCGCCACCCUCCGCAAAGGUAUAUUCGCUGCCGGAGCAGCCCUAACACUGCUGUCUAUGGUAGGUUCUAUCGUUUACUACUGGGCUCACUCCAAGGCAGAUACUGGAGGAUGGGAGAAGCAGCCUAAGGAAGGCAUUGGCAUGACUGCUUCUGAUUUUCCACAGAAUCAGCCACCUCCAGCCCGGUAAUUUCAGAAAAGCUUAAUUAAUUAUGUCCAUACACUAGGUUGAUUCCCACAUUUUUGAGACUUUGUUCUGGUGGAGAUAUUUCAGUGGAUAAAUGUUAUCUGAUAUAUUUUAGAAAUCAAGUCCAGUAGUUAAAGAAAUUGUCAUGAGUCACCAGAUCAACUAUUAUGUCUAUGUUAAUUUGUUUAUAUAUAAUUUUGUGUGUGUAUAUAUAUUUCUCCUA